AGUUUUGUGUGUUCCAUGGCUUUCGUUCCUUUCCCGUUAAUCGUUUAUAUACUCCCUUUUGAAUUUUCUCUACAAUCAUUCACCCCCUCCAGCCAUUCAUCCAUCAAGUCUCCCAUCUAUCUCUCUCAGCUAUCUAAUCGAUACGUUCUUUGGUCUCCCUCCCAACGUCACUUCAUCCUCCGCUUACUUCCUCUCUUCCUCUUCCCACCUUUCCCUCUUUCUCUAUCGCCAUCGAAAAUCAAUCUUUCCGAUAAUUAAAUACUCGUAUAUGCCACUGUUUCCACAGUAAAGAUAGCCAAUGCUGCUUACGGUAUGGAGAGCCAAGACAAGCCAUCCAUGAGCGCCACCACUAUGGUGCUGAUUGUUCUCCUCAUAGUCCUUGUCAUCGUAUUGGUUUCUAUGGCAUUCUAUUACCGAAACAAGCUGCGCCGGUUGGGACUACAAGCGGCUGAAGGAGCUCAAAGAGUCAUGAAAUAUAAGCACAAUGUGGAAGUCGCCGGAAUUGACAACCCCAUCUAUGGAAUGCCAUCUCCCAAUAAUACGCGCAUCCCUAUUUCCGGUCCAAUAUUCCAAGAUGGCGGACCAACAACUACAACGGCAACUGUUGCAGGUGCAGCUGGCGGAAUAACUACUCCACCUACACAAAACGUGCAACUUGACCAACACAAUAACAUAGCUAAAUCAGCAAACCCCAGCAAAAACGUCAACCAACUAGGGGCUACAGCAGGCAUAGAUGCAAAUAAAGUCGACAAUAAGCAAAUAGAACGAGACAUGUUAAGUAACAUGGUUGAGAGCGGUUACUCCAUUCCUGUCCGAGUGGCUCUACCACAUGACGGUAAAGAUGGACCCGAAGAAUAUUUUUACGACAGAUCGAAACUUGGAGAGAGCGAUCAGGAUGACAUAUGCGAGGAAGACUUCAAUAAAAUAAUGCAGCAACCAGCAAAAUUCUAAUUUGAA